CAGGAAUAUCUGCAGAGCAGUAGUUUAGCACAAAGGCACCAAAGACUUUAUUCUCUGCUGGACAGAUUUCGGGCAACUGUGGCUUCAGACACAGUUAGCCCCUUACCUUUGGUGACCUCUCACCCGCUGGAUGGGGAAGGUCACCCACGACUGGAAACGUUGGACCCAGAUGAGGGACUGGUAUGUGUCCCUGGUACGUUCCCAGUGUUACGCACACUCUGAUUCUGCACUGCUGGAAGGAGCAGAACUGGUGAACAAAAUACCUCAGACUGAUCGUCUCACCUUCAUGACCAACAAGAAGUUUAACAUGAGCAUGCUAGGUCCAUGUUUGGCUUUGGGAGUGAACCAGAUGAUAGUGGAUCAGGACAGCAGUUUCUUUGAAACAACCCAGUCUGUCCUACUGGAUCUCAUCUCACAGACCGUUCAGCAGCUGCCAGACACUCAUCAGAUCUUUCAGCCUCUGAAGCCAAUGGAGAAAGAUUCCUACUGGGAGAAACUAAUCAUAGUGUUGGGUGACUCUGAAGUAUAUUACUCCCUUGUCACCCUUUGUCGAGCGCUGGCGCAGUACCUGCUGUCACUCCCCAAAAUACCUCAGUCUUUCCACAUACGGCAGGAAAAUGAAGUGGACAUAAUGAAAUUUGUGGUCAUGUCAGUAGAGGCAGUGUCCUGGCAUUUUGUGCAAGAACCGGUACCACUGAGUGUGGAUCUCCAAGCUGUGCUGGAGUGUUGCUGUCUAACUUUACAACAGCCUGGACUGUGGAAUUUGGUGGCUUCUGCAGAGUACGUGACCCAAGCCUGCUCCCUUAUCACCUGCAUUCGCUUUAUUAUAGAGGCUGUUGCAGUUCAACCUGGAGAGCAACUUCUGAGUCCAGAGAGGAAGAAAGACAGCUCGUCUGAAGAUCAAGAAGGAGAUGAGGUGGAUUCGGGAGUGCAAGGAGCUGUAUUUAUUAAGACUGCCUGCACCAUGAUGUCUGAGAUGGUGGAUUCCCUGCAGACAGUUUUGUUGUUUGGACACAAGAGGAACAACAAUAUUGCAGCAUUUCUCACUCCAGUGUUACGGAAUAUAAUUGUAAGCCUGGCUAGAUUGCCUGCAGUCAACAGCUACACCAGAGUCCCUCCAUUGGUG